UAAUAUAUGAAUCAUUCAGAUGGUGCUCAAUCUCCUCCAUUAUUUGGAAUGUAUCCUUUACCUUAUUGGCCAACAAGUUCAUAAUUAUUGUUAAUGAUGAACUUCCAAAAUCCUUUGAUGAGUCCUAUUCAUAAUCUAGGUUCUCCUAUUUUAACUUCCAACAUUAAUUUCCCUUAACCAACUAUCAAUUAUGAUAUCAAAUGUGAAUAAUGUAAAAUUUAUCUAUUUAUCUCUAGCUUAAAUAAUUAAGGAUGCAUCAUAAAUCAAGCAGCCCUAACAAUAUUUCAAUUAAAUAUAAACUAUACAGUAAUAAAUUGAGGAAAUGAAUUAUGAUGAUAUUACCAUUGAAAAUUUAGAACAAAUGAUUCAUUUGCUAUUUGCAGAUUCUUCCAAAAUAAAAAAGAUAAUGUAAAAACUUAAAGAAAGAAAAUGUGUUAAAGUUAUCAAAAUUUUAGAGACUUUGACAAAGAAAAUUAGAUCAUAAUAAAAGAGUAGAGAAGAAUUAAUCAAAUUUUGUUUAAGAAAAGCAUUUCGAGAAAUUUUCCAUCAAAUCUAAGAGAAAAAUACAAAAUCAAGUAAUUCUAAUGUAAACUCAUAGAACUCAAUCUCAAGGCUGCAUCUAAACUAUUUCAGUAAUCUUAUCAAGCAGAAAAAUCAAAAUAGAUAUCAUUACCUUUUAGAAAAAAUAGUAAAAUUAAGACAAUGAACAAUCAUUUUUUGCAUGAAUUAUUCUAAUCUAAAUAAUUUAUAGAUUAGUAUAAAACAUUCUUAGGUAUUAUUUUAAUUUAUUAUUAGAUAAUCUUGACUCAAUUAUAGAAAAUGAUAGAAAUAAAAAAAUUAAAGCACUAGCUGAAAAAUCAUGGGAGUUUAUUACAUCUAAUAGAAAAGUAUCAUAUUACAAUACAAUAACUUUUAGUCAUACACUGUAAAAAGAUUGCCAUGGUCUAUAAAGAAUAUAGAAAAACUUAAGGAAACUGCUAAUGAGUUGCUAAACUACUGUGAUGAAUAAUAAAAAUUAUGA